UCACAGCUUCUCUCUGUCCCCAGCGUGGUGGAAGGCAUCAAAUGUGUUGGUCUUCUCUCAAGGCUGAGACAAGGGCUGAUUCUGUGUCUGUCUGAUGUCAGUGAUCACCAUGAGGAAUAAUGUUCCCCUCCUGGCUCUCGCCUUCUGUACGUUCAUCAUCCUGUUCCCGGCGGAGAGUGACGCUGGUGUGAGCUUCCACCCCCUCGCCAGGGAGAACGGCCGAGCAAGCAGCAACAAGAAACCCAGCACCAGACGGGAUUUGUACGCUGGAGUGAUGGACACCGAGGCAAAGGGCAACCACGCUGUGGGUGACUGGGUGGAUCCUUCACCCCAACAGCCCGUGAAGGGAGACAGAGCUCGCUCAGGGGAGAUCCAGGACAUUUUGUUACAGGCUCUGGCCUAUUUCAUUGAGGCAUAUCCACAAGGUCAGGGAGAUUGAAACAAGCAGCGCUGUGGAUACAGAGUGGAGAAAAUCGUUUCACCCCAGUCCUUGGUGUAUUCCUCAAUGUGUUAUAUUUGUGGAAAAAUACACAGUAUAAAUAAAUCAUAUCAAAACUAACAUUCG